UAGAGGACAUUCAUCAAAUACAGGAAGGAAGGAAGAACAGGCGACUCCCUUAAGAAGAAGAAGAAGAAAGCAAAACCCUUUUCAUUCUAUUCUCUCAAUCCUUCACUUCCGUUCCUCAAUCUUACACACUUCUACGUCAUGAAGAAAAAACCUUUGAUGCUUUCCAAACCCUAAUUUCACAAUUGUCGGCUGAUUCUGUUUACAAUAGAAGGAUUUUCGUUUUUUUUUACAGUGACUUAAGCUAAUGGAAGGCGUACCGAAUCCGAUUCCAAGGACUGUUGAAGAGGUUUUUAAUGAUUUUAAGGGAAGAAGAGCUGGAUUGAUUAAGGCACUUACUACUGAGGUGGAAAAGUUUUAUCAGCAGUGUGAUCCUGAGAAGGAGAAUUUGUGUUUAUAUGGACUUCCAAAUGAAACAUGGGAAGUUAAUCUGCCGGUAGAGGAGGUGCCACCUGAGCUUCCUGAACCAGCCCUCGGUAUCAAUUUUGCAAGAGAUGGAAUGCUAGAGAAGGACUGGCUAUCACUUGUUGCUGUUCAUAGUGACUCAUGGCUACUAGCAGUCCCAUUUUAUUUUGGCGCACGUUUUGGAUUUGGUAAGAGUGAAAGGAAGAGACUUUUCCAGAUGAUAAAUGAUCUCCCAACAGUAUUUGAAGUGGUGACUGGAAAUGUUAAGCAGCCAAACGACCAAUCCAGCGCUCAAAACAACAUCAGCAAGAGCAAAUCAAGUGGAAAGCCUCAGCUACCACCACGACAAUCUGAGCCUCAGCUACCACAGCUACCUCCACGACAAUCUGAGCCUCAACCAAAGGGAGUAAAAAUGUCUCUUCCACCUAAAGAGGAAGAAGAGAGUGGUGAAGAAGAAGAAGAUGAAGAUGGCGAUGAUGAUGAACAAGAGGGAGCCACCCUUUGCGGUGCAUGUGGAGAUAACUAUGCAACCGACGAGUUUUGGAUCUGCUGCGAUAUAUGUGAAAAAUGGUUCCAUGGUAAAUGUGUUAAGAUAACACCAGCUAAAGCCGAGCAUAUCAAGCACUACAAAUGCCCAACCUGCAGUAACAAAAGGGCCAGAGUCUGAAAGAAAAGAAUCUAGGUUUUGGAGUGUCUUUGAUUUUAAUCUAAAGGGGUUGAAGAAGUUGUAGUGGCGAUUGUAGUAGUUUAUCUUUUUAUUCGGAAGUGGAACUACAUGUUGAUGAACAAUGCUCAUUCUUAUGUUUCAUUCCCUGCCACCCAUGUUUUAUUAACAAUUGUCACAAGAUACUUGUUAGAUUUUAUUAUUAUUGUUAUUUCAGAAGUAUUGUUAACUUAUUCCUGGAAGCUAACUUUCAAUC